AUGGCCGCUGCCGUCCAGCCCCACUCCAUCCUUCUCCCUUCCUCCUCGCCCCUCGGCGCGGGCAACAACCCGGUCGCUGUUCCCAACAAGGCUGGCGUCCAGGUUCAGGCUCCCGCCGCUAAUGGUGUCCACCAGCAGAACGGCGUCGCUCCGCCGGCGGCGGCGCAGCAACCCCAGCAGCUGAACAAGAUGCCUGGCACCACUGCCCACGCCGUCCCGGUUCACCAGUCCGCCGGCUCUAGCCAGGAGUCUCUCGCGUCCAACGCUGUUCCUCCCCUGUCGCCCGGCGGCAGCCAGUCGUCGACUCUCGCCGACUCGGUCAAGACUGACCACACUUGGGACGAUGCCGAGACCCAGACGAACACCUCGUCUACGGCCGGCGAGCUGACCCCGCGCUCGUCCAUGAUGGGCUCGCCCACGCCCAAGAUUAGGUUUGGCAACUGUCCCGAGCGCCCUCCUGAGCUUCGCCGCCGCAACUCGAUUACCCUCGGUGUCCUUGCCCGCAAGAGCAUGCUUCAUGCGCAGGGCACUCUGCCCGGUGGCACCCGCGUCGUCAACAUGACCGACGAGGAGUGGGAGGCCUACCAGAACAAGUUCCAGAAGAGCACCCAGGCUCCCGUCGAUCUCGGAAACGUCGUGUCGUCUGGAGCGAAGAAGCUCUGGGGCAAGAUGCGCCGCGGCUCCAACGCCUCUGUCGGCGCCGCUGGUCGCGGCCGCUCCGACUCGGCAUCCUCCAUGCCGGGCAUGCCCAUCAGCCCGCGCGAGCAGGACGAGGACGAGAACGACCCGGCCCAGAGCGCCCACCCGGUGCACCCCUCGCAGGCCACCGCUCCGAUCAUGCAGCACCCCCAGGUCCAGCCGCACCUCCAGCAGCCUGCCCCGGUCAUGCAGCAGCCGCAGCAGCCGAUCAUGCAGCACCCGCAGCAAGUCCAGCAGACGCACGCUCUCUAA